GUGUGGCACGUCGUUGGUGUGUGGCGCCGUCGGCACCAGCACCAGCAUCAACACCAGCACCGACAUCAGCAUCAAACACCAGCUCCAACACCAACACCAGCGCCAGCAUCGGCCCCGCCAUGUCGAUCCCCAACUUCCGUCAGAUCUACCACGAGUUCCGCUCGCCCAAGGAGGAAAAGGACAUCUCCAAUGCCGCGGUCUUCAAGUUCUGCGCCUUUGUGCUGCUGUGUGCUGCCAUCACGGCUGCGAGAAAGUCGUCCUUUCCAGCCGUCUGAAGCCCAGGCACACAGACGGGGAUCGACUCGAUAAUGUAUGGAUCGCCAAUAAGAAACGAACGCUGCCGUUAUUUGCCUGCCAGUCCGCCGCCGGCGGUCGCAUCGAUCCGACCCGGUCCCGGUCCCGGUCCCGGUCGCAGGCUUGGUUGGCUGGACUGCCAGCACCUCUCCGAGAGCGAAUCUGAUUCUGCUGGAAGGCUACAACGAGGCCAAUGGAGCCGGAUACGCAAUAAACCUUGCAAGGCCCUUGCAGGAUCUGGCUGGAUAUGCAAAUGCCUCGAUGAGACCGGCGUGGGGGAUUUCAAGAGCCGAUGCGAGGCCUGGUCGCCAGUCUCCCCCUCUGUUGCCCAUCAGACCAGCCGGCCCAGCGACGAUUUCACCACCGCCAUGGCGAUGCAAGGAGGCUCGACCGAGGCCUUGUCCGAGAACGAGAGGCUGAUCAGGGAGGUCUAUGGCAUCGAAAAGCGUCUGGUAGCGCUGCUGAGCGUUGCCAGUCAAGCCAUCAAUGUACUGUCGAAGGAUCAGCCGAUGCACGAUGCCAAGGAGGUCUUUGAGCGGCAAGUCGGCUCGUUUCUUGAGAUUCUGAAUGAAAUCCAAGCCGGCCUGCGCAAGCAUAUUCGCAUCCUGUCGACCCAGGGCAUCCUCAACUCGACCGGCACCACCAUUCCGUAUCGCGGCACCACCGCCGGCCAUGAGAAGGACCUCGAGAUCCUCAACGACGGCAUCGAGAUGAUUCUGGAGCGGUUUCGGGCAUCCAUCCACCGGCUGGGCCAGCUGGACCUGGCACCGCUGCCUUCUGCACAGCGAAGCUGGCCGCUGCAUCGUCACCAUGGCGGCCUUGGAAGGGAAGGGCAAGAGAGCCUGGACGGCAUGGAGGUGGAACAAGCCAGCGAGCAGGAGCAGCUGGGGAUUGAUUUUUGAAUACAGCGCCGAUCAAGUUGUCGCCGGACAAUGGACAGCAGCCAUGUGGACCUCGUGGGCGCCUGGCUCGACACUUGAUCGAGUCGCUUGCAUACCUGCCCUGGCCGGCUGCUGAUCCCAUGGCCUGGCGGAUGCAUGGCCGAUGCCUGGUCGGUGCCUUCGUCCCCUGCGGGUCAAGCCAGGCCGAGCCAGGCCGAGCCAGGCCGGAGGGCAGCCGACCCUCUUCGGACAGCCAAGGGCGAUGAUCACGCCACGCACGAUGGACGAAAGCAAUGGCGACGAGGGGCAGAUGGCGAGCAGGACGGGUGGUAUUGCGCGAGGGGCAACAGAGGCCGACCGCCUCGAACGGAGUCGAAAGGCAGCACCGAGGAAAUGACUGUAUUCGAUUCAACUGCCCUAUUGGCAUGUGCGAGUUGAAUUAAUGUCUAUCACAUCCAAUAACAUCAAAUACAUCGAAUGAUAUCAAACACAUUCAAUAACAUCAAACACA